AUGAAGACGCAGCAGAGGCCAACGCUGGCGCGAGGGGGCCAUCCUCUCAACGACACAGGCGCCCCCCUCAGCCGUGCGAUUGCACGCUCACUCUUAAACUUCUGGUGCCUGCCCACCACAGUCCAACCAGCUAUUUGGACAAAAAAUGCUGUGGAAGGGGAGGAUGUGCAUCUACGUAUCCGUAAUAUGCCUCCCGAGGCUAAACGCGUCAUGUGGUACAGAGGGGAAGGUGUGAACAAAGAUCGUAUAAUUGCAUUUCUUGUAACAACUUCAAAAUACCAUUUGAGAGGUCCUGCAUACGGACCAGUGACAAUUAACUAUGAUGGAUCCCUGCUGUUGAAGAAUGUCACCAUAAAAGACACAGGAAUGUACUCCGUAACAGUCCAGCAAGAUUCCAAAACACUAACAGGAUUUGCACAGCUUAAUGUAUUCCGUCAUGUGAAAGUGCCUGCCCUCCGAGCUACUAACACCACAGUCACAGAGAAUAAGGAUGCUGUGGUCUUUACCUGCUACUCAAAUGCUAUGUACAUCCAGUGGUUGUUCAAUGGCAAACAAUUGCAGUUCACAGAGAGAAUGAAGCUGACCCUGGACCAUCGAAGACUCAAAAUAGACCCCGUCAAGAGGGAAGAUGCUGGGAUUUACCAGUGUAAGGCCUCCAAUCCCAUCAGUGCUACUGAAAGUACUUACGUAAAGCUGGAUGUGAAAACUGAGUAA